UCUGAAGAACUGCCGUCUGUUCGUGGCGUUGGAGACAGGCCAACAAAGGAAGGAGAGGCUGCUAGCCGAUAUGACUCCGUAGAUGACAAUGGACUUGACAUCGAAGGCGACACAAGCGAAUGUCCAGAUGAUGCAAUGUUUACCGUUCAAACGCUUGCAAAUCGCUCGACUGGGCUUCACAACGGUAAAACGGAGCCCAACUCAGAGAUCGGGAAAAAGACAACUACCGCAUCUGUGGAUGCCGACUGAAAACGACUUAACUAAGCCAUUGCCCUUGCAGCAGCUCGUAUGAUA